CCUCAAUCGACCACCAUGUUCCACGUCGGCUCUCAAAUUCUGCCCCGUAGUGCUCGUCCUGUGUUCGCCAGCUCCACGAGGGCGAUCCAGGCCUCUACGGUGGCUGGGGCUCAGGUUCAGCCUCAAGAGGAGCUGCAGAUCUCCCAACGUGGCAACGUCGCCGACCUACUUAAGGGCAACUCCGCAGCUCGAGACAGCGCCG